GCAAAUUGUCUCAUUUGACGAGACGAAUGAACAUUGUAAAUACUUUGAUGAAUGACGAAACAAGUUUUAAUGAAGUGAAAAGUAAUAUGGUUAUGUUUAAUAACAUGUUAGAGGAAUACAAAUCUCUUCAUGAUUCAUACCAAGAAAUGUUAGAAGAGGAAGAUCGAAAUGAGGAUACUAAGUCCUGGUAUGCACCGAGGCUUGAGCCGAUAACCACCUUUUUAGCCAACGUCACGAGGUGGAUAGAUUCAAUUGAAAAUCGUUUGCAUGAAGUUACCGUUUCCUAUACUGGAUUGGAAAAUAGUCCUGAUAUCAGUGUCAGGCCUACGGAGGAAGAUAGGCUGUCCUUGAGAAGCACUAGCUCUGUUUCAUCCACGACAUCUGUGCGCAUCUGUGCAGAGGCAGACAGAGAAGCACUACUCGUUAAGGCUGCAGCUUUACAGAAAAAGCAUGCGUUAGAGGAUGAGCAAGAUGAACUGAGAAAGGAGGAAGAUGAGCUGAGAAAGAGAAAGGAGCUCAGCAGAAAGAGAAUGGAGGCUCAUGACUUACAAGCUGAAUUGUCUGCAACUACAGCCAAAAUUAACUAUCUCAGAAAUGCUGAAGCACAAGCUGUUGAUACAACAUUCAAUGCAUUUAACCAUACAGAAUUUAAUGCAAUGAAUUCGUAUUAUGAGGAGAAUAUUGAAAGGAUUUCUGAGCCAAUUGCUGAACAGACUGUAAGAAAUACAAGGCCUAAAGAUGGGGUUCAUGUGCAAUUCCCUGUUUUGACCACAACAGCUAGAACACCUAGAAUACCUAGAAUGCCAUCUCUUUCACCGUCUUUCAGUACUGCUAGACCAGUGCAUGACCAGAGCCACGCUCUCCAGAAUAUGUCUUUAGAGAGCUUUUCAGUUCCACAGGGAGGACAGGUACCUGACAAUCUUACCAAAAUUCUGGAAAAGCAAAAUCAGUUGACAAGUCUCCUAGUGAAACAACAAUUGUUACAUACUUUGCCAAAAGGAGAUCUUGCAGUUUUUGAUGGUAAUAUUUUACAGUACAAUUCCUUUAUUCAUUCCUUUGAACACAUCAUUGAAAGUAGAACAGACAACAACCAAGACAGACUACAAUUUCUCAUCCAGUAUACAAAAGGACAAGCUCAGCAGCUUGUCAAAAGUUGUCAAUUCAUGGAUGCAAAUAGAGGCUAUAUAAAAGCGAGGCAAUUGCUUAAAGAGCAUUUUGGAAAUGCCUACAGAAUCUCGUGUGCCUACAUUGAAAAGGCCCUUGCAUGGCCAGUGAUCAAAUUGGAGGAACCAAGAGCUUUGCAGGACUUUGCAUUGUUUUUGAGAAGUUGCUGCAAUGCCAUGGAACAACUUCAGUACAUGGAGGAGUUAGACACAAUUUCUAACAUGAGAAAAAUCAUUUUCAUAUUACCAUAUAAGUUAAGAGAAAGAUGGCGCUCAAAGGCUUGCGAAAUACAACAACGCGAUAUCAGAGUGAGAAUGGCUGACCUGGUAUCCUUCAUUGAAAAACAAGCUUCCAUUGUCUCAGAUCCAGUUUUUGGUGACAUUCAGGAGCCUAGCUCCAGCAGGGUCACAUCCAGACCCCCAGUGAAGCCACAUCUUACAGGUAGUUUUGCUACACAAGUUGACGUGAAGCCGAUUCAGCGGACGUCAGAGGAAACCAUGACACGAGACCAACCAAGAGCAAACCAAAACAUGGUGCCAGAUAAAGCAUGUCUCUUCUGCAAUGGUAAGCAUGAGCUCAUGACAUGUGUUCAGUUUGAUUCAAGACCACAUGAAGAGAAAAUUGAAUUUGUAAUGCAGAAUGGAGUCUGCUUUGGAUGUCUGGCAAAGGCUGGACACAUCAGCAAGGACUGUGGGAAACGUCUCCAGUGCACCAUCUGCAACAAGCAGCAUCCAAGUGCCUUGCAUAUCAAAGAGACCACACUGAAGAGCCUGCAGGUGUCUGUCAAAGCUGAUGAACAUACUGGGGCCGAUCCUGGCAGCUCUGCUACUUUUUGCACAGAAAAUCUCCUGAACAAGCUGAACAUCAGAGGAAAAAGGACUAACAUCCUCUUAAGGACAAUGAACCAAGAACAAUCUGUGAUUACCUACAUGGCAAAUGGAAUAGAGGUUAGUGCAUUGAACGAAAACAAUUUUAUUGCACUCCCUGAGGUGUACACACAAAAGAGUAUGCCUGUAGACACCGACAGCAUUCUAAAGACAGAAGAGCUAGCUAGGUGGCCUUACUUGAGUGAGAUCCAGAUCCCGAAAAUCAAGGCUGAAGUGGAGCUGUUGAUUGGCAACAAUGCUCCCAAAGCAAUUGAACCAUGGGAAAUAAUAAAUAGUCGUGAAAAUGGGCCAUAUGCUGUGAAGACCCUAUUGGGAUGGGUUGUUAAUGGUCCUCUAGAUGACAGUGUCGUGACAGACAGCAGUGGGCAUCAGAAAGUUACUGUCAACAGAACAUCAGUUGCAAAGCUGGAAGAUUUGAUUGUACAACAGUACAAUCAUGAGUUCAAUGAGAAAUUAGAUGACAAAGAAAUGUCAAUAGAGGAUAAAAGAUUGAUCAAAAUUGCAGAGCAGUGCCUAAUAGGCCUGAAAAGGAAGUUAAAAAGAAAUGAAACAUUCAGAAAUGAGUACACAGAGUUUAUGGAGGAUGUGAUCAGCAAUGGACAUGCUGAAGUGGUGCCACAAGCUGAACUUGAAAGAGAAGACGGCAAGUCUCUUGAAACAGAAAAUGAAGCCGUCGACCUGGUGACAGACCUUACCUGUGUUUGCCACAAGGGAGGAUUCCAUCUAACCAAAUGGGUGAGUAACAGUCGCACUGUACUGUCUCAUAUCCCCAAAGAAGACCGAGCGACUGAGAUGAAAGAACUUCAUUUGGACAGGGACAAACUCCCUACAGAAAGAGCCCAUCCUGCUUUUCCCCCUGGACUAUUUCAGAAGUCAGACACGUACAUCAGAUGGCGCUGGAAACAAGUUCAGUUUCUUGCCGAUCUCUUUUGGAAGAGAUGGACCAAAGAAUACCUACCCCUGUUACAGGAAAGACAAAAAUGGACUACAGUCAGGAAAGGAUACCAAGUAGAUGACAUUGUGAUGGUAGUGGACAGUUCAGCCCCUCGUGGGUCUUGGAACCUUGGAAGAAUAAUAGAAGUCAAACCAGAUUCCAGAGGUUUGAUGAGGACAGUGAAAAUUAUUACGAAGACUGGCGUGUUUGAGAGGCCAAUAACCAAGCUCUGUCUGCUUCUGGAAGGAGCAGAAAAGAUGACCACAAAGUCAUCGGCCAGAGAUAAGUAGUACCUAGUCAUGUUAUGAUUUAAGUUAAUGGUAACAAUAAACUACAAAGAAUUUAGGCUCCUUUAUGAUUUGAGUGUUGUAAUAGUUGCCCAUGCACACUAUUAGGGGCCGGUGUGUAGGAGCCAUGUGAGACCUUUUUGAGUAUUCAGUUUGAUAUUUUAGUUUGUGUGACAAAAUUAUUAUUAGUGAACUUAUUUGUAUUGAAUUGUCCCAAAUUAGGAAAUUGUAAUUUGUUUCUGAGUGUGUGCCCCCUAUAGGUAAGGCACUAAUUGUCUAUAGCAUAAAGGUGUGCCAGGCCAAGGAGAGUGGAGAGUUCCGGCCUGCGAAUACCAUUAUUGACCGUGAGCAGAACGUGCCUACAGGACAUGAACCUGUCAUGAACCUGACGGGACCGUGGCGAGGAAACGCAACUGAGCUGAACCAACAAACAAAGAAACAAAGACAAAACUUCAAUGCUUUAAUUUACAUCUGAUGUUAGAAAUAAACAAAGUCAAGUUCAUUAUA